AUGGCAGAAAACCAAAAUCAAUUACCACUAGAAAAUACUGACGAAGAACAGAUAUUAAAUCAAAUUAAAGAUGAAAUAGUCGAAGAUGAACAACGAACAUCUAUUACUAAUGACGUUAUUCAAGCUGGAAUAGUUAAAUUAAUGGUGGAAAGUGAAAUGCCAAUUGAAGAUCUAAGGAAGUUAUAUACUAAUUCAUCUAAUGUUGCAAAUGUAUCUGUAACAAAACAAACAGAACUUAGUACAUCUGAAGAAGAUACUAGUGAUGAAGAAGAAGAUAGUGGUUAUCAACGUUUGUUAAUUGCUGAACACCCAAGUUUAAAUGAGAAUGGAGAAGAAGAAGAUGUUGACGAUUCAUCAUUUACAUUUUAUUGGCAAAAAGCUAUAAAUAUCGGUGAACAAUAUCAAGCUGUUGUUCCUGAUUUACUUUCAUCAUCCGAACUUAAUGAUCAAGAAUCGCCUAUUGAUCAAUUAUUAUGGUCUCCACCUUUAGAUACAAAUCAAGAUGAAAAUUCAACAUUAGUUAAUAAAUAUUUAAAAUUAGCUUCUAAAGAAUAUCGAACAGCUGAUCAAGAAACUAUUCUUGAAGUAUUUUUAUCAACAAAUUAUGAUAUUGAUCAAGCUUUAGAUAAACUUCGUUUACCCACAACUAAUAAAAAUUAUUUUAUUUCAAUACCAUGGUCAUUAACUGAAUGUGAUCAAUUUGAACAAUGUUUUAAAGAAUAUGGCAAAGAUUUUUCAAUGUUUAAGAUUCCAAAUCGAACGGUGCAUGAACUUAUAUUUUUUUAUUAUAUUUGGAAAAAAUCAGCACGUCAUGAUAUGUUUGUUCGACAAAAUCGUGUAGAAAAACGACGAUUUCAUUUACAUCCCUAUGUUACAGAUUAUCUGGAGAAAUUCUUUAUCGAACAAGAACUUCAAUUAACUAGUGCAUAUGAACAAAAUAACUCAUCAUCAUUACCCUUAAAUACACAAUUAAGUAGUGAUCAAUUAUUAUCCAAACGUCGUUUAAGUUCAGAUCUAUUUCUUAAACCAAUGUCAACAGCUAAACGAACAAAACCAUUAAUGAAUACAACCGAUCAUGAUCAGAUUGAUACCAAUGAAAAUCAACAAACAAUACGAAGUUCAAGUCCCAUAUUAACAAAAAAACUACAUGAUGAUCUUAAAUAA